AUGCCAGGUAAUUGGUCCAUCCUGACGCUGUCAUCAUUGGCUCCUCCCAACAGCUCCCAGUUCCCCCCGCUGACGGACUGGGAGGCUCCCAGCUUCACCCGGGCAGCUCAGUUCCGUGUUGGCGCCACCUUGGUGCUCUUCCUGUUUGCCGCCUGCAGUAACCUCGCCCUAUUGGCCAGCGUGUGGCGUGGGCGUGGCCGGCGGCUGGCCUCUCACCUGCGUCCGCUGAUCCUGAGCCUGGCGUCGGCAGACCUGAUGAUGACGUUCGUGGUGAUGCCUCUGGACGCGGUGUGGAACGUGACGGUGCAGUGGUACGGGGGCGACGCGCUCUGUAAGCUGCUCUGCUUCCUGAAGCUGUUCGCAAUGCACGCCUCCGCCUUCAUCCUCGUCGUCAUCAGCCUCGACCGCCAGCACGCCAUCCUGCACCCGCUGGACGCUCUGAGCGCUCACCGCAGGAACCGACGCAUGCUGCUGCUGGCCUGGAGCCUCAGCCUGCUGCUCGCAUCACCACAGCUGUUUAUCUUCCGGGCGAUUCGGGCGCAGGGAGUCGACUUCACUCAGUGUGCGACUCACGGCAGCUUCAGCCGCCGCUGGCAGGAAACGCUCUACAACAUGUUCCACUUCAUCACGCUGUACGUCGUCCCCCUGCUGGUGAUGAGCUGCUGCUACAGCCGCAUCCUGCUGCACAUCAACCGGCAGCACCUGCAGAACAAAGCAGGUGAGUCGUACCUGCGGCGCAGCGGCACUGACAUCAUCCCGAAGGCUCGGAUGAAGACUCUGAAGAUGACGGUGGUCAUCGUUCUGUCCUUCGUGGUGUGCUGGACUCCGUACUACCUGCUGGGCAUCUGGUACUGGUUCCAGCCCGACAUGCUGCAGGUCACACCUGAGUACGUCCACCACGCGCUCUUCGUGUUCGGGAACCUGAACACCUGCUGUGACCCGGUCAUCUACGGCCUCUACACGCCGUCCUUCAGGGCCGACCUGGCCGCCUGCUGCCGCUGGACGAGGAGGGACGCGGACGCCUCGACCCGCUGCGUGGACCGGCUGUCGGCCCGACAGAGUCCACACAGCGGGGAGAACGAGUCGGACCCCCCAAAUAAUAACCACGCUGCCAGAGACUAA